AUCCAGCGCCGCCCGCCGCCGCCGUGGCCGCCGCGAUGGGCGACCACUCCGACUCCGACUCCUCCCCCAAGUCCUCCUCCUCGUCGUCCGCCUCUUCCUCCGCGCUCCGCCGCUCCCCGCCGCGCGUCCGGGUACAGUCCGACGAGGGCGGCAGCAGCGACGGCGUCCUCGUCGAGCUCCCCUCCCAGGAAGCGCGGAGCCCCGGUGCCGACCCCGACGGCGGCGUCCUCGUCAACAUGCCCGCCGACGACGCCACCAGCGGAGAGACCUUCGAGGACGCGCCGGACGACCUCGGUGGCUCCCGCUCCGCCCGCUCCCUCGACGAAUCUAUCGCUGUCAUCGAUUUCCCCGACGAGUCGAGCUUAGCCGCCGAGUGCCGGAAGUACAAGGAAGAGAGGGAGGUGUUUGCACGGGAGGCUGUGGCGCUCCGAGGGAUGCUGCGUGAGCUUGUGGGGGAAGAUGCUUCGGGAUCGUUGCCGGCGGAGGACUCUGAUGAGAGGGCGUCGGGAUCGCUGACGCCGCUGCACUCGAUGCUUGACGAUUGCUCGAGACUUGUACUUGAACUGAACUCAGUGGUGCGUGCGAGGGAGCAGGAGAUCGAGAGCUUACGCGGUAGGUCUGCGGAGGUUGAGGUGUCGAGGGAAGGGUCAGAACAAGCUAUUGGGAGAAUUGUUGCUUCUGUUGAUGCUGUGGUUGGGCAAUAUGACGUCAGCAGUGAGGGUGCUGAUGAAGAGGGGAUAUCUCUUGUUGAAAGGAAGACUUCAUUGCUGGCAGAGAGGCAUCGACAAAUCUUACUGGAUAUUGAACAACUUGAGCAGGUUCUAGCAGAGGUACAGCCUGAUUUUGGGGCUACAGGGCAAUGCGAUCAUGCUACCAUCUUAGGUAUUGUUUCGGAAGAACUGGUUAACAGCAAGAGGAAUAAAGCAGAUUUCCUGCAGAAGGUGAACACUUUUGGGGAAGAAAACAAGAAUCUUGCUGAAGAGCUUCAGAGUGUGAAAGCUGCUCUGGAUGUAGUGAAUGCUGAAGCAAAAAAGGCAAAAGCAGAGUUCGAACAGGUGGAGCAUAAAUUAUCGACAACUAAAGAAAAGCUCAGCAUGGCUGUUACAAAGGGCAAGUCGUUGGUGCAGCAUCGUGAUUCCUUGAAGCAGGCAUUGGCAGAAAAGACAGCUCAGCUUGAUGGGUGCAUGACAGAGUUGCAGCAGAAGUCAGAUGCCAUGCAAGCAGCUGAGAGCAGAGUUGAGGAACUCAAGAUUUUGCUGGAUGAAAAGUCGAAUGAACAUGAGCAAUGUUUGGAUGAGCUUCGAGAAACAUAUAAUGCAUGGGAAGCCGCUAAGGCUGCUGUUGAGCAACUGACUGAAGAAAACACUGCACUUACUUCUGUUCAGACUUCCCUUUCAGUAAAGGAUGUGAUUCUUCAACGCAUUGAAGGGGUAAUGUCAGAAGCAUCAUUUCCAGAGGAUCUGCUUUCCUUGGAGAUGGCUGACAGAUUGGAAUGGCUGGUUGAGCAAAAGAAAAUUGCUGACAUGAUCUUCUCAGAGCAUCGGAAAGUUAAAGAUAUCCUAGCCUCAACUGACCUUCCACAUGCAGUCUUAACUGGUGAGCUCGAUUCACAAAUCCAUUGGCUUCUCAAUUCACUGUACCAGGCUAAAGAGGAUGCAGCACGGAUGCAGGAUGAGUCCUCUGCUAUGCUGCACAAACUGGCUUCACAUGAAUCCAAGUUGAAUUCAAUGCAUGAGGAAGUUGACCGCUUGACAAUAGCUCUACUUGAAGAGAAGCAGGAAAAGGACAUACUUGCAAAUGAACAUGCUGAAUUGAUGUCCCUGUACCAUGCUGCUAGUGAUCAAUUGUCUGUUGUCUCGUCGCGGUAUACUGAGCUUGUGAAGGCAUUUGCAGAGGUUUCUGAUGUCCAAUUGGAAGACCAUGAAAUCCUGGACGGUGGCAAAUUAGUUGAACAGUGCCUCGCCAACAUCCAAGGAAGAGCAAAGUCCUCUCCUGUUGAGUGUGAAAGUUUCGAGAAGCUUCAAACACAAGUUUAUACCCUAGAUCAGGAAUUAACAUUAUGUAAAAUAAUUCUUGAAGAAGACAAGGCUGAUAGAUCUGAGAUGAUGAGGCUAUCUGGUGAAUUACAAAGAAUGGUACAGGAAACUGACGCACUGAAAAAUGAAAAGGACUCAUUACAGAAAGAGCUUGAACGGGUGGAGGAAAAAUCAUCUUUGCUUAGGGAGAAAUUGUCAAUGGCUGUUAAAAAGGGCAAGGGUUUGGUACAGGAACGUGAAGGACUCAAGCAAGUCCUAGAUGAGAAGAAAUCUGACAUAGAGAAGCUAAAACAUGCUCUGGAUGAAAAGAAUGCUGAAUUAGAAAACUUGAAACAAACUCUUGAUGGAAACAACUCUGUUUUAGAGAAGCUAAAACAAGCUUGGGAUGAACUGAACUCUGAAUCAGAGAACAUAAAACAAGCUUUGGAUGUGAAAAACUCUGAGGUAGAUAAGUUAAAGCAUGCUCUUGAUGAGAAUAACUCUGAAAUAGAGAAUUUAAAACAUACAUUGAAUGAAAAGAACUCUGAAACAGAUAAGCUAAAACAAGACAUUGAUGCAACAUACAUGGAAAUGGAGAAUCUAAAAUAUGAGAUAGCAUCAAGAGAAUCUGCCAUUACGGAUCUCAGAGAGCAAGUUGAGCAUCUGUCUUCUCAGGUCACACACUCUCAAAAGUUGCAGUUGGACAUUAUUUCCCUUAUUGACGAAAAGGGAAAAGUGGAAAGCAUGUUGGCAGAAGCCAAAGUUUCUUCGGGUGCUCUAGUUGAAUUGAUAUCAAGCAUUUCUCUUCCUUUCGAUAGCCCAUGUGAGGAUCCUAUCGACAAAAUAGGUCAGAUUGCCCAAUAUAUCAAGGAAUCACAAGUUACUAAGAGCUCUGUGGAGAAUGAGCUACACAAAGUAAAUGAACAAGUUACCUCACAAGCUAGCCAGCUUGCUGAUGCCCUUUCCAGCCUAAAGGUAUUGGAAGAUGAAUUGAGUAAUUCAAAGGAGUAUAUCUCUUCUAUUUCUGAAGAAAAGCGGCAGAUGCAAUUGCAUACUGCUGCUGUAGAAGAGGAGUUGGAGAAAACAAAUGAGGAACUGGCUAUUUAUGCCAGCAAAUUCGAAGAUGCCAAUGUAACGAUUAACUCACUACAAGAUGCAUUGUCACAGGCUAGAGUGAAUAUUUCUGUUCUUGAUGCUGAAAAGAAGGAAGCUGAUGCCAAGCAUGAAACAGAAACUAGUGCUCUUAAUGCUAAGCUUGCCAAAUGUUUGGAAGAGUUGGACAGAAGUCAUGGAAACUUACAAAGUCAUUCAACUGAACAUGAUGUUUACCUUGAGAAACUUAGUACACUUGUAAUGGAUAACAGCCUCUUAUCAUUAAUGACUGAAGAAUUUGGAAAGAAGGUCAGUACCUUGAGAGAAAUGGCCCUUAUUGUGAGGAGUAUGCGUGAACAGCUUGCUGCAAAGGGUUUUCAGAUUGACCCAACAAUGGAGGAUUCAGAAUCGGGAAUGCUUCUCUCUUUCCCAGACUACGAUAACUUUGUUACUGAAAGAAUGGCAAGCAGCAAAAUCAGAAAAAGGAAUGUUGAUGGUGCUUUGUCCUUCUCUACUGUUGUUGAACAGUUGAGCAACCAAGCUGAAUACCUGUCUGAGAUUUUUAAAGACUUGUCAGGUUACAUGGAUGAAAAUAUCACGCUGGUUCAUCACUCUUUGCAGUUGGCAAGUAGCAAAGUUGCUCAUACUCUAGAAGAGCAUGACACCUUGAGGAAUGAAUUGCAAAACAAGGACACUCAUAAUAGAGCUCAAGAAUCCGAAUUGCUUUCUCUACAGAAAGAGUUGAGGGCAAUGUCAUCAAAUUGUAUUUAUUGCUACCAACAGAUUGAAACCAUUUCUGAUGAUCUUCUUGAACUAGGCUAUGCAAUAGAAUUGGCAACAGGAAACUCCAGCAUUGUAUCAAAAGUUGAAGGAUCUUCAUCUGUUUUGAAGGAUGUGGAUGCUAGUGAUUACACUAAGGUUUCAGAUGCUUUAGUAUCUACUGUAAACAGACUGAAGUUGGAGUCAGAAAAGUUAUCUAAUAUGAAAGAGGCAGUGUUCACCAUGUUAGAUGAGUUAAAAAUGAGGCUGAAACAAACUGAAUCAGCUGCUGAAACUUCUUUGCAGGAGCAUGAGCUGUAUGUAAAAAGAGUAUGUGUGCUGGAGAAAGAUCUUGAAACAUUAAAGGAUGAGCGCAAAGGAAUGGAAAUAAAGAUCCAAGAGUACCAGGAAAGGGGGAAUAUGUUGAAGGCAAAAGAGAUAGAGUUGCUGUCAUUAGAGCACGCACAAAAUACAACAGAGAGAGGUAUGACUGAGGUUAUUUCAAAGGAUCAAUUGGAAGCGCUUGUUGAGAAAAUAAAUAAGUUAACAUCAUCUGCUGAGUCACAUUUGCAGAGAGAAUUGGCUAUGUCCUCUAGUCCUAUUGAAAAGCUCUUCAGUCUCAUUGAUGAAGUUUAUGCACUUCGGCACGAAGUAGAUACCUUGAGAUAUGAAAAUGAAGAUUUACAUUUAAAUCUUGAAUCCCAUACUCGUGAAAUGGAGCAGCUAAAGGAGGCAUCCAGAAAUAGUGACUCAAACCGCAGGGAGCUGGAAUCAAAGAGUAGUGAACUACUUGAGAUAACAGUUAGUAUGGAACGAAUGAUUCAGCGAUUAGGAUAUCUUGGAGGAAAAGAAGCACUAGAAGAUAACAAGCCUACAAGCACACAAGCACUCUUAUCAAAGCUGGAAAAACUAAUAAUUGCCUCAAAUGUGGAAUCUGGGAAUGCCAAGUCUGUAAUACAGGAACUGGGAGCAAAGCUGCAGGUCAGGGAAAAGGCAAUUGAUGAGUUGUCAACAAAAGUUAAGAUGUUUGAUGACUUGCAUCAUGCUCGGCUUGUGCAACCAGAGGCUAAUAUGGAUAGAGCAUUUGAAGCAUCUUCCUCAGCAGUUGGUUCAGAGAUAUCUGAUGCUGAAGAUUUGGGACCAGCGGGGAAGGCAUCAAUUUCAUCUGUCCCUACGGCUGCGCAUUCUAGACUAAUGCGAAAAGGCUCAUCUGACCAUCUUGUUCUGAAUAUUGGCCGAGAGUCGGAACGACUAAUUACUGCACAAGAUUCUGACGACAAAGGGCGUGUAUUUAAAUCACUGCAUACAUCCGGCAUGAUUCCAGCACAAGGAAAACAGAUUGCUGAUAGGGUUGAUGGCAUCUGGGUCUCAGGGAGCCAAAUUCUGAUGAACCGGCCUCGUGCAAGGCUAGGGCUCAUGGUGUAUUGGCUCUUCUUGCACCUAUGGUUGAUAGGCAGCAUCUUGUGACCAUUGCCCUCGUAGCAUAAUUGUACAAUACUAGCAGAUAUAUUCACAGUUUUAUUUUCUUUCUUCUUAACUUAACUAUACCUGGUACAUAUGGCAUUCUUUUCAUUUCCCUGCCCUCUGCUCUGAAAUUGUACUCGAGCAGUACGUGUUGAGUUCCGCACACAGAAUGUAAUACGUGCAGAAUAGAACAAUACUAGUACCAUUCUUUGUUACGCUGUAGAAGUGGAUGUUUCUGUUGUAACCAUGAUAAAUUCAUCAUGGUUUCUUCGGGAAGCAUGAUGGGAAUAAUAUGAAAUUGAAAUGUUUCUUGGUUGUAAUGAAAGCGUUCGAAAGUUUGAGCUUA